AAAAUUGAAGGUAUAGUUACAAUAUGUAUAUUUUGUCGAAUGCAAUCUGAUUAAAAUUGAUGUUAUACCCACACUUCUUAAAGGAACUUAGAAAUUUUCAUUAUUCACGACGGGGGUUGAAAUUAUUGAAGGCAUGGUCGUUGGGACUGGGAACGCUUAUCUGCCAAAAGAUUUCUUAAAGAAAUUCUUAAUUGACAGAAAAGAAAAGAAAAAAAAGAAAACAAAUCCAAAGAUUAAAAUUUAAAAUUUUAAAGAGUGAAAUGUACCCGUUGAGAUUGCUCAAGUCAUAAAUCAUUACUCAUAAACAGUUGUAACACAGCUUCACGCGGCACUUGAUUUUCAAUAGACUGACGCGAAAGUGAGAAGCUUUUAAGUAACCAUAGAUUCAAUUUUCUCUUCUUUGAAGCAAAAUCAUCUACUUCCUAAAAAACUUCUGCAGAUUCGGAGUGGAAAACAAAGAAUGAGCGCAAGUUCUUUGGUUGCGGAAUCUCUGUGGAAAACCAUUGAGUCAACUCUUACAGGUUUGAUUUUGUUUUAUUGGUGGCUGGUGGCAGUGACUGAGGAUCAGCUCUCAAUCUUGCAUUUCUUGUUUGGUAAAAACUUUGAGAGUGCGACUAGGAUAGUGGAUCAAAGAGGUGUUUGUUCUACAAUUUGUUUAGAUGAUGUAAGUGGGUAUUUGUUAUUUUCCAAAAUUUUUAAUCUCUUUUUGUUAAUUUUUAGCUUGCAUUUCUUGUUUGGUAAAAACUUUGAGAGAGCGACUAGGAUAGUGGAUCAAAGAGGUGUCAAGAGGAUUUCUGGUGAACCCAGUGGUCGUUCCAUCUUUCAGGUGGUGGCGGAAUCACAGAGAAAGGAGGAAUACUUCUGUUUUCCUGAACAAUAUUGUGCCUGUUACUCGUUCUUUUAUGACAUUGUAAACAGAGGAGAGCAACUUUGCUGUAAGCAUCAAUUAGCUGCAAGACUUGCUGCAGCAUUGGGAACAUGUGUCAAUGUCCGGGUAUCUGAUGAGCAACUAGCACUAUUACUUGUGAAACUCUAACAGCUGGAAGAUGAAUUUAGGCUUUGAAGAUGAGGUGGUAUGCUCCAAGAAAAUCACGCUGAGAAGUUUAUUUUAGAAUAUAGCUGUUUUAAGAAUAUGAAUUUUGCAUCCUUACUUAGAUUGGGAAAUUACGCUGUAUUUUAUGCUGUACUGUUGCACAACAAUCGCCUUAAUGGGAAUGCAGUUCUAUAAAAUUUAUGUGGUGCUAUUUUUCCCCUGCUGCAUGUCCUGAAGCAUUGGCAAGCAAAGAGCUAGAGCUAACACACCAAAUAUUGAAAUGUACAUAUUAAACUUGCUUCUGUUUAGUUUUCAUUAUCUGAUGACAUCUUUUUUUGU